CAUCUUGACGGAAGCCUGCCUCCAGACUGCGGCGAUAAACAAAAGCACGCAGCGUGACGUCACAGGAGCUCCGCGGUGACACUCUCACAUUCACCGGAUCACCUCGCUCUCAUUUGCCGAGGAUCGCAGUCGGAAGCGGGACGUGAGUGGAAAAGAUAGCCGUUUAAAGGAAGGUGACUUGGCUGCUGGAUCACUUGAAGGUCCGUGCCAGCGCCGCGAACAUGACGGAGGUCCGGCGGCGAGGCGGAGGAGAAGAGCGGGACAGCGCCGACAACAUCAGCGACAAGGAGACGGACAGUGACGACAAGUUGGGCCUGCAAGGCGACACUGAGGGUGAAUGCGACGUGGACACCAAGGCGGACACUCCUGAUGUCCCGGCGUCCACGGCGGACACGGACAACACUCCACAGUGUCUCAACAAGGCCCUGGAAGGCCUGCCGCCAAGAUGGAAGAACUACUGGAUACGAGGAAUUCUGUCCAUAGCCAUGAUUUCUUUCUUCUUCCUGAUCAUCUACCUGGGACCAAUCACUCUCAUUUUAAUGGUGAUGAUCGUCCAAAUCAAGUGUUUCCAAGAAAUCAUCACCAUCGGUUACAAGGUGUAUCGAUCCUACGACCUGCCCUGGUUCAGAACCCUCAGCUGGUAUUUCCUGAUCUGCGUCAACUAUUUCUUCUACGGUGAGACGCUGGCCGACUACUUUGGUGCGCUGGUGCAGAGGGAGGAGCCUCUGCAGUUCCUGUCUCGCUACCACCGCUUCAUCUCAUUCACUUUGUACCUGGCAGGUUUCUGCAUGUUUGUGCUGAGUUUAGUGAAGAAACAUUACCGCCUGCAGUUUUACAUGUUUGCUUGGACCCAUGUGACGCUGUUGAUUGUAGUGACUCAGUCGCACCUUGUCAUUCAGAACCUGUUUGAAGGGAUGAUCUGGUUCAUCGUGCCCAUCUCCAUCGUCAUCAGCAACGACAUCGGCGCUUACCUGUUUGGCUUCUUUGGAAGGACGCCACUCAUCAAGCUGUCCCCCAAGAAGACGUGGGAAGGUUUCAUCGGAGGUUACUUCUUCACCGUCAUCUUUGGAUUCAUUCUGGCCUACCUGCUGUCCCAGUUCCAAUACUUUGUGUGUCCUGUGGGUUUCAGCAGUGACAGCAACAGAUUCACUGUGGAGUGUCAGCCCUCACAACUCUUCAUCAUGCAGGACUACACACUACCUGACAUCCUGCCAUGGAAGAGGGUGAGCAUGUUUCCAUUCCAGAUCCACAGCAUCUUCCUCUCCUCCUUCGCCUCGCUCAUCGGACCUUUUGGUGGAUUCUUUGCUAGCGGCUUCAAGAGAGCCUUCAAGAUCAAAGACUUUGCCAGCACCAUCCCGGGUCACGGAGGCAUCAUGGACCGCUUCGACUGCCAGUACCUGAUGGCCACCUUCACGCACGUCUACAUCGCCAGCUUCAUCAGAGGUCCCAACCCCAGCAAAGUCAUGCAGCAGCUGAUGAUGCUGCCUCCCGAACAGCAGCUGAGCAUCUUCCACACGCUGACCUCACACCUGAGGGAGCACGGUCUGCUCUGAGUGUGUAUGUACACACACACAUACACACACACACACACACCUCUGAGGGAGCACGGUCUGCUCUGAGUGUGUAUGUACAUACACACACACACACACACACACACCUCUGAGGGAGCACGGUCUGCUCUGAGUGUGUAUGUACACACACACAUACACACACACACACACACACACACACCUCUGAGGGAGCACGGUCUGCUCUGAGUGUGUAUGUACACACACACAUACACACACACCUGAGGGAGCGCGGUCUGCUCUGAGUGUGUAUGUACACACACACAUACACACACACACACACACCUCUGAGGGAGCGCGGUCUGCUGUGAGUGUGUGAUGAUACACACACACACACACACACACACCUGAGGGAGCGCGGUCUGCUGUGAGUGUGUGAUGAUACACACACACACACACACACACACACUGUCAUCCAUCUUCAAACCAAAACCACCACACCAAAAAAAAAACAGUUUUUGCCGGGAGGGCUUGCCGCCCCCCUGUGGACAAAUGUUGCACUGCACUGACCGUGACGAACAAAAGGGACUUGUGAAGCGUUCACCAGCACAAAGUGAAGAAGACACUAUUCUACUCGCUACAUGUAGCACGUAUGCUAACUAGCUUUUAGCGCCUUCAUGCAAUGGUAGCGCACAUGCUAAUAUUGUACAUAUGAUAUAUAGAAAAGAAAUAUGGCAUGGACACAUUUAGUUAGAAGGUGUUGGGAACUACAGAUGUUAUGUACAGGCACUGGUAAACAAAGGUAGAUGAUGCAAUAAAUGAGCAUGUUGUGCACAGGGUCAAAGCCCAACUAAGAAUGCUAGCAACUAGCGGCGCAGGACGUACAUGGUAAGGUUGAAGUCUACAUCUUUCACUUUAGAGCCACCUUGACUAGUAAUAGCACUCUGCAUAGCGAGUGUUUCUUCUCAUGCUAAGGAAGUUAGCAUUGACUAGUAAUAGCACUCUGCAUAGCGAGUGUUUCUUCUCAUGCUAAGGAAGUUAGCAUUGACUAGUAAUAGCACUCUGCAUAGCGAGUGUUUCUUCUCAUGCUAAGGAAGUUAGCAUUGACUAGUAAUAGCACUCUGCAUAGCGAGUGUUUCUUCUCAUGCUAAGGAAGUUAGCAUUGACUAGUAAUAGCACUCUGCAUAGCGAGUGUUUCUUCUCAUGCUAAGGAAGUUAGCAUCAGCUUGCUUUUUUUUCGGUGGCAUUCACUGCCAGCUGAACGCACUAGCCUGUUUGGCUUUGUGGCUAAGGCGCCCCCUGCUGUGUGUCUGCUGUAACGCUAGUUUGUCAGCAUUCCAUAUGGAAGUAAUAUUGGAGCAAAACUAUUUGUCUAUCUCAAUCUGUGCGUCUGUGACCAGAUUCUUGUGUGUUUGUGUUAUAAUUUGUGUGUGCGUAUCUCAAUCUGUGUGUGUACGUGUACUCAAAUAUGUGUGUCUGUGUUGUAAUUUGUGUGUGUAUCUCAAUGUGUGUGUGUAUAUACUCAGAUCUGUGUGUGUGUGUGUGUUCUAAUUUGUGUGUGCGUAUCUCAAUCUGUGUGUGUACUCAGAUCUGUGUGUCUGUGUUCUAAUUUGUGUGUGCGUAUCUCAAUCUGUGUGUGUGUGUGUGUGUGUGUGUAAUCAGAUCUGCCUGCCCGCGUUCUAAUUUGUGUGUGUGUGUGUGUAUAUUUUAAUGUGUGUGUGCGCGUGUGUGUAAUCAGAUCAGCCUGUGCGUGUUGUAAUUGGUGUCAGUAUUUCGAUCUGUGUGUAAAAAAAAAAGAAGUGUAUUCAGAUUAGUGUGUAGCAGAAAGUCUCACACAUAAGAUGUGUGUGUCCAUGCAGUGAUUACAAUGUGUAAACAAGACUUGUGUGUCUGCAACUUGACAUUUCAUUUCCCUGUACACCCCACUAGUGUACUCCCCACUAGUGUACUCCCUACUAGUGUACUCCCUACUAGUGUACUCCCCACUAGUGUACUCCCUACUAGUGUACUCCCCACUAGUGUACUCCCCACUAGUGUACUCCCUACUAGUGUACUCCCCACUAGUGUACUCCCUACUAGUGUACUCCCCACUAGUGUACUCCCCACUAGUGUACUCCCCACUAGUGUACUCCCCACUAUGUUGUUCUGUGUUCACACCUCACUUGUUGACAGAUACACACAUAGUUGUGACAAAUACGUUACUCAUCAUUGUUGUAUGUUCCACAUGGAAUAACAUGAGUGAUGCCAAGUCAUCAUUGUUGUAUGUUCCACAUGGAAUAACAUGAGUGAUGCAAGGUCAUCAUUGUUGUAUGUUCCACAUGGAAUAACAUGAGUGAUGCAAGGUCAUCAUUGUUGUAUGUUCCACAUGGAAUAACAUGAGUGAUGCAAGGUCAUCAUUGUUGUAUGUUCCACAUGGAAUAACAUGAGUGAUGCCAAGUCAUCAUUGUUGUAUGUUCCACAUGGAAUAACAUGAGUGAUGCAAGGUCAUCAUUGUUGUAUGUUCCACAUGGAAUAACAUGAGUGAUGCAAGGUCAUCAUUGUUGUAUGUUCCACAUGGAAUAACAUGAGUGAUGCAAGGUCAUCAUUGUUGUAUGUUCCACAUGGAAUAACAUGAGUGAUGCAAGGUCAUCAUUGUUGUAUGUUCCACAUGGAAUAACAUGAGUGAUGCAAGGUCAUCAUUGUUGUAUGUUCCACAUGGAAUAACAUGAGUGAUGCAAGGUCAUCAUUGUUGUAUGUUCCACAUGGAAUAACAUGAGUGAUGCAAGGUCAUCAUUGUUGUAUGUUCCACAUGGAAUAACAUGAGUGAUGCAAGGUCAUCAUUGUUGUAUGUUCCACAUGGAAUAACAUGAGUGAUGCAAGGUCAUCAUUGUUGUAUGUUCCACAUGGAAUAACAGGGAAAUUAAAUGUGAAGUUGCAGACACACAAGGCCUGUUUACACCUUGUAAUCACUGCACAGACACACACAUCUUAUGUGUAAAGAUCAGAGUUUCUGCUUCACACUAAUCUGAAUACACACACACGCACACACACACACACACACAGAUUGAGAUACAGACACACACAUGACUCUGAUUACACACACACAGAUUGAGAUACAGACACACACAUGACUCUGAUUACACACACACAGAUUGAGAUACAGACACACACAUGACUACACGGACACAUGAAUCUGAUUACACACACACAGAUUGAGAUACAGACACACACAUGACUCUGAUUACACACACACAGAUUGAGAUACAGACACACACAUGACUCUGAUUACACACACACAGAUUGAGAUACAGACACACACAUGAAUCUGAUUACACACACACAGAUUGAGAUACGGACACACACAUGACUACACGGACACAUGAAUCUGAUUACACACACACAGAUUGAGAUACAGACACACACAUGACUCUGAUUACACACACACAGAUUGAGAUACAGACACACACAUGACUACACGGACACAUGAAUCUGAUUACACACACACAGAUUGAGAUACAGACACACACAUGACUCUGAUUACACACACACAGAUUGAGAUACAGACACACACAUGACUCUGAUUACACACACACAGAUUGAGAUACAGACACACACAUGACUCUGAUUACACACACACAGAUUGAGAUACGGACACACACAUGACUACACGGACACAUGAAUCUGAUUACACACACACAGAUUGAGAUACAGACACACACAUGACUCUGAUUACACACACACAGAUUGAGAUACAGACACACACAUGACUGAUUACACACACACAGAUUGAGAUACAGACACACACAUGACUCUGAUUACACACACACAGAUUGAGAUACAGACACACACAUGACUCUGAUUACACACACACAGAUUGAGAUACAGACACACACAUGACUCUGAUUACACACACACAGAUUGAGAUACAGACACACACAUGACUACACGGACACAUGAAUCUGAUUACACACACACAGAUUGAGAUACAGACACACACAUGACUCUGAUUACACACACACAGAUUGAGAUACAGACACACACAUGACUCUGAUUACACACACACAGAUUGAGAUACAGACACACACAUGACUCUGAUUACACACACACAGAUUGAGAUACAGACACACACAUGACUCUGAUUACACACACACAGAUUGAGAUACAGACACACACAUGACUGAUUACACACACACAGAUUGAGAUACAGACACACACAUGACUCUGAUUACACACACACAGAUUGAGAUACAGACACACACAUGACUACACGGACACAUGAAUCUGAUUACACACACACAGAUUGAGAUCCGCAUUUUCCAAUAGUUUUGCUGCAAUAUUACUUCCUUAAUUCUACUACUGAACUCUUCCAAGACGAAGACACACUAUGCUAAUGAGGCUAACGAUGCUAGCUGCACUAUGCUAACGAUGCUAGCUGCACUGUGUGGUCUUCCAAUGCCACAAUCAUCUUUAGAAUGUGUGGAAGAGUAUAUAUUUCAUGUUUGUGUGUGUGUAUACACUCUAUGCAAACACCUGUGGAAAUGUUUAGAAAAAAAAGUGCAGUUUGUUUUUUAUGCAAGUUUUCUCUGAAUGUGGGCGGGGCUUGGUGUGACCAGGAGGAAGUGAUCCAAAUGUUUACCAAAGCGCUGACUUCCUGACACGCCCUGGAGGACUAAAAAAACGGGUUUGGACUUGAAAGUUUUGCACCUGCUGCUUUUAUUUACUGGGACCGGUGGAAGGGCUUUUAUUGUGAAAGGGUGCCAGCACCACUUUCAUAUCACAAGCAGCGCACUGUUAGGUUUUAUUGAUUGAUGUAUUGAUGAUGAAUGUGGGCGGGGCACAGGUGAAUAAAAUGUUUUUUUUUC